UUGACAAUCGUUCGCUACCGGCGAACAUUCUUGCGGUUCCGAACGCGCGAUGACAUUUGCUCCGAAGUGUAGCGUCCCGAAGUUUGACAGCAGCAGUACCCGAGUGCAGUACGGUGCGUGCGUGUGCGCUAGUUGGGUCAGAAGUGUAGCAAAUGGUGUGUGUGGCGGUCGUUCGUUCCAGGGCAUGGUGAAGUGAAAUGAUUUAUAAAGUAUUUAUGGCCGUACAGAACGCAAGGGCCGAAACCGGAAUUGUGGCUGCAAAAAUCAAGUUCCUUGCCUGGGCUGGUGCAGCAAGUUGCUUAGCGUCGUCUGAACGGUCGAAGGUUGGAUCGUAAGCAGCCGUGUAGUACGCGUCUCCCCGCGAAGGGUUGAGCGAAAAAAAAAGAAAAGAAAUAGUGAAAAAGGGCUCACCCCCCCUGCACGGUGGAGAACGUAACGGUAUGCGCCGCUGCUCGGAAUGAUUGGCGUUCAGUUUUCGUCAAUUCCAUCCAAUCGGUGAAGCAAAAAAGAAAGAAAAAUAAAAAGGUCAUCGUGCACAAAAUCGCCACUGUUGUGUGUGCUACGCUCCCCGUCAUAGUGAGUUGCUGCUUCGCGAGAAAGCUCGCGGCUCUCGGCGUUGUAUGAAUGGUCUGGGGCCCUGUCGAUGAGCUCUCUGCCUGGAAAAACACCGAGCGGAAAACGGUGGGCUCCGCGUGUGUGCGUAUAUGUGUGACUACCUGUGCCAAUAAUCAUAAUAAUAUAAAAAGGAAAAAAAAACAUUUCGAGUGUAAAAUUUACUACGGUCCGAGACACACUAGUGGCGACGUGUACAACCGCAAGAGUUUCCGCGAGCUCCCCAUCGAAGCACACUGUCGUCUUCGUUGGAUCGAAUAGAACAUCCGCAUCCAUCGUUCCGUGUGUGUUAAUUUUUAUUUGCCACAUUACCUGAAAAAGCAGUGGUACAGUGUGUGCUGGGAUGCGGUUGGAAAUAGUGAGAAAGAGUGCAAUUGGAUAGGAAACGAGAAAACCAGAAACUUGUGCACAAAAACAAAAAGAAAACCCCCCCCGACAGCCUACUACGAUUUUUCAUACCUAAACAUACACUCCAACACACACACACACACAUCGACAAAAGGCAUGCAUACAUCCACAUAACUGUCCGUUAUCCGUGAUGUUCCUGGGCGAACCUGUAGGCUCCAACUGACCCCAACAUCAUCGUGCUCUAGUCACCGACAGAAGAAAAAAAAUUCCACGCCACGCCAACGGAAUCGCCAUCGAGAAGAAGCAUUCGACUGGCCAAUUUAAUAAUCGUUCAGUGGAGAAACACAAACGAAGACGAGAAAGAAACAACACAACAUACAUACGACUCUAAACGCAAAUCAGCGCAAUGCAGCAACAGUGUGAUAAGUGCUAAAACAAAUAAAACUACAACACACACCACCGAGUUACGAAAAUCAGACGAAACGAAACUGGAUCACCGGAUCAGAUCAGUGUACGAAUGAAGACAAUUUUGGAGAACCAGCAUUAGCUGCUACCAUCUCCAGUUCGGUCAACAUUGCAUACCAUUAAGGAAAAUCUGUGAUAUAUCCCACUCUCUGGGAACACCCUUCCCAUUUGGACAGGAGUGUUUUGGGGACCCGACGUGGUGUGUGCCUCCGGGCGUUAAAACUCCGUCCUAAGUGGGUGUAAAGGUGCUUCAACUCCCUGCCAACAAAUAGAAAAAAAACUUAAGUUUAGGUUCGGUUUUAUGUUAACGUAAACACGUUGAAGAGAAGAGCGGCGUGAUCGCAGGAUCGUUGGAUCGUCACCGUGUUGUACCUGCCACCGGUCAUAGCCGUGUGUAAAGGAAACAUUCCUACAGAAGGACAUGUUGUGUGCAUCGUGUUUCCGGGUGGCAUCGUUGCAUGAGCAAGGAUACACCGACACAAGAUAAUAAUUUAAUAUACACACACCCGUUGCGAAACCGUCGCCUAGUACAAUAGAAGGGUAAACAAAAGGAACUACUAAAAUAAUCCAAAAAAAAAAAGCAGAGGAAGGUUGUGUCACAUCUUCCAUGUUGGAGAGGUUUGUUUGGUUUAAAACACAAAUGCAAAAACCGUACUCGACAUUACAAUCAACCAGUGUGAGUGUACCGUAGUCUUUUAGUGCAAUACGAACUGAUAGUACCAAUUAGGGGGGCAACGUGUGGGGUGUGAUCCUCGCAUUUCGAAAACAACAAACAAAUCUCAUGUAGAAUCAGUUCAUCUGUUUCAUGUCGUGUACCGGUGUGUCUGAAUGUGCAUACUAGGGCGGUGUGUAUUUGAGCAAUAUUCUGUGACGAGCAACAAACUACUACUUACAAAAAGUACGCUUUAUUUACCGAGUGAUGUGUACACGUGGUGCAAUUGAAUGUGAGUUCCAGGUUGGAAGAUUUUGCAAGUAGCAAAGCCCCUAGCUUUAAUGUAAAUUCGUGUUUCAAGUUAUCGUAUGCGUUCAGCGCCCCGUGAUAAGUGUGAUCAGUGAUUAGUCGCUCUUGCCGAACCAUUCCGAAGUGGUUCUCCGAAGAACGGAACGGAAAACAAUCGGAAUCAGUUGCUCCACCGAAAAAAAAAAACAACAACAGAGAACAAGGCUGUUUUCUACCGCUAAAGACAGGUUUGAAAGUUCUGGGUGAUUUCACGUUCACAACAAAAAUGUAUAACGUCCUAGACAUAUCCUAAGGCCCCGUUUUGACUACACAAACGCCCGGCAGUGUUUUUUUUUCUCUCUGGUGUUUGGGAGAAUUUGAACAGUUUGCGGAUAAGUUAUGGCACCCAAUCGUUGACGUGAAUGCUGUUGUUCCUCUGCAAAACAUUCCCAAAGUCGAAACAGUAUUGCAUAAGCACGCGGGACAAACACGACGGCACAAAGGAGAGGAUUGUCCCGUAACAGUGAGGUUUUAACGGAUUAAGACCACUUAAUCAACGGCACAAAUUGUGGCAGCAAAAGCGCUGAAGAUCGGCAGAGCAGGUACUGUUCGAGGCACCAAGUGGACCAAGGCGCGAGCAGCAAAUAUUGGAGCCAUUUUAAAUGCGCCGCCAAACAACAAUGUUGUUACUCAGCAGAACGAAACGAAGUCUGACAGGAGGAUAGCUUUUCAGGUGUGGUUGGUGGCAAAAAAACGAAAACAAGUGGGACAAUUCAUUCGUUGCGUGUUUGUUAAGUAUGAAGGGAACGCUAUAUUAAAGGUCCAGUGACAAAAAACAACAAACAAAACACACCGAAAUUAACGAAAGCCAUACGUCCUGCGCCAAAAAAGGAAAAACACGAACGAAGAAAAGAAAAAAAAACAUUACGCCGUUACUAUGAGAUGUGAUUUUCUUGAUUACCUGACUAACCGGCUUACGUGUUAGCAUUAAUUUUAAAAGUAUUUGUACCGGGACCGUGAGCGCGUGAUAAGGGAAGGCGUGUAAUCAUUUCCUUCAGAGGAGGUACUUGGAGGUAACGUCGUCUCUAAUAAGAUUGCGAUUGUAGUACGGUUCGAGACGAUCGCACAAAUUGGAUCGAUUUGAUUUUCGUGGAUAAAACAACACACCCCCACAGCAUGAUCAAUACGGACCAAACCGUAGAACAUAAGCUAUAUCGGGAGUUAUCAUUCGCUGCGAAAGAUGAAUCAAUAAGGCAACCACACGUUCUGAUGCUGAUGGAUCGCCACGAUCAGUACACACCGUUCGACGAACUUGUAAGAUUGACAGAAAGAAUGCGUAAACUGGAAGCGCAAGGAUGGGUCGGUUCUGGCCGACUGCGCGGUGGUGGUGAAAGUUCCCUGAACGGAGGAGCCUGGGGCUCACCGCCCGGUGUCGGCGGAACGGCAGUUGGUGCGGCUGGAGUUUCCGGCUGGAAUGCGUCCUCUGUGGGCAGCUCGCAGCCGGGACAGCAGCAACAGUCCUCCUGGAACAGUGGACAGGCGAGUAUGCCGCCGCCCGUUGGUCCACCGGGCAGUGGUGCGAGACAGGAGCUGUUGGGCAAAUCGUCCGGUGGCACUGGUGGAUCAGCGAUGGUAGUGGGAGGUAAUGCUAGCGGUGGCCAGAGCGGUACCGGUGGUUGGAACCAAGUGGUCAAUCCGAACAAACCAGCCUCCCAGGCAAUGGUUGGGCCACAGCAGCAGCAGCAGCAGCAGGGUCCCGGUUCUAAUCAGCAAAAUUCCGGCUCCAAUCUACCCCAGGCUGGGAAUGGAAAUUCGCAGUCCGCUGUCGGAGCUGGAGCUGCUGGUGGUAGCGGUGGUGCGGCUGCUGCUGCCAUAGCUGCAGGUAGUGGUGUUAGUGCAGCCAGUGGCAUGGCCACCACAUCGUCCGCCAAGCUCGAACAUCUUAACUCGAUGCGUGAGGCACUUUUCGCGCAGGAUGGUUGGGGUUGUCAGCACGUCAACCAAGACACACAGUGGGAUGUACCGAUAUCUCCGGAACCCGCCACCAAACCGGACCCGUCCCUGAAGGCCACGGUCAACAAUGGAACGGAGUUGUGGGAAACGAAUCUUCGCAACGGCGGUCAACCUCCCGCGCAGGUGCCGUCGCAGAAAACACCCUGGGGCCCGCAAAGCCACCACGGUGGCACAUGGGGUGUGGACGACGAGAGCAGCGGUGAAGCAAGCAACGUGUGGACAGGUGCUCCGGGUGCUCCCGGUGGAGGAGGAAGCAUUGUUGCUAGCGCGCUGGCCGGUACAGCUGGACCACCGCCAGUCGGUGGCAAUCCCGGUGCGCUCGUUGGUGGACAGGUAGGAGCGGGUGGUGGUGGCGGUGGUUGGCAACAGAGUGCAACGGCUGGCCCGGCCGGUGUUGGUGGCGGUGCAGGCGGACCCGUCGGCGGUGGUAAUGGUAUGUGGCAGGCGGGUGCAGGCCUUCCCGGUACUGCUGGCAUUGCGCCACCGAAAAAGAAUGACAACGAUUGGGGCAACGGUGCGAGUGUCGGUAUUGGAGCGGCAGGCGGUGGGAAUGGUGGCUGGGGUGAAACGCGCGGUAAUGUCGGUGCAGGUGCGGUUGGUGGAACUGGACCGAACACGGGCGUUCCGCCGCAUCUGGCUUCCCAACUGGAUGGAUUGCCGAACGUCGACAUCCGAAGCAUGCGUCCACCGGGUGCCGGUGGUAUUGAUCAGAGCCGUGAAUUUCGCGGUGAUCCUCGCGGUAUUUCUGGUCGCCUGAGUGGUUCCACCUCCGGCAUGCUGGAACACUAUCCGAUGGGAAAAAUGCCACCACCGGGUGCGAUGUCCUCGGCAGGAUCAACCGUCGGUACGGGUAACAAUCAGUGGCCGCUAGGUGGUGUCGGAGCCAGCGGAGGACCGGUUGGUGGAGGCAUACCGUCAAGUAUGCCACCGACGAAUAAAGCGGUUACGGGCGGUUGGGAUGACAAUUCACCGCCGGCCGUACGUCGCAAUCCCAACAUCGAUGAUGGUACCGCGCUGUGGGCAGGUGGUGGUCCCGGUGGGGGUCGAUCAUCCGGGGUGCCCGAUAGCAGUCAGAUAGUAGGGGGCCGCAAUGGGCGCAAUGGUCCGCUGGGCGGAUUGAAUGCUGGACCGAUUGGCGGUGGUGGAGGUCCCACGGGUGGCCCAGGAGGAUUGGGUGGCCCCGGUCAGAGAAUGGUCGGUUCUGGACCGGGUGUAAACCCGCUGAAAGCGGACAACAGCAGCAUGUGGAUGGGUGGUGGGCACGGUGCUGGCGGUGCCGGAACAUCCCGCAAUGGAUCGUGGGACGAUCCGUCUAUCGGUGGUACCGGCGCGAACAACUGGGAUGAUAAGCCGGCCGGUGGAACAGGUGGACCGCUCGGUGGCGGUUCGUGGAUGGAUGGAGCCGCACCUGGUGCAGGAAUUCCCGGUGUGGGCAAUCAAUCCUGGAACGCGAACAAAAAACCGCUCGGUGGUGGUGGUGGAGCUGUUUGGCCGGAUGCAUCGUCGGGGGCGGAUUUGAUGGGCAACGACUGGAACGUCGGUGGUCCCGGUGUCGGUGGAGGCAAAAUGACGAGCAAACCACCCCAUGGACCGUUGGAAAUCAUUCGAAGCAGCAAACAGUAUCGCAUUCUAUGCGAGAUGGGCUACAAGAAGGAAGAUGUUGAGUUUGCCCUACGUGCUGCCAAUAUGGUGAUCGAGGAAGCCCUCGAAUUGCUGCAACGGAACGGUUCACUGCCGAAUGCAGCCGGUAUGGGCAGUGCUUCGUCGGGAGGAGAUUGGAGAAGGGAUGAUGCACAUGCCCAGCUCGGUGGAGGCGCUGGUACUGGAGGUGGCAACGUCGGCGGUGGUAACGGUGUGUUCGAACCACCAUUCGGUAACCGUUACUUGGGUGGCGGUGCAGGCGGAGGUGGCAAUGGUGGAGGCGGCAGUGGACACUCUCUGCAUUUCCAACAGGGUAAUCAGAAUGGUAUGCCGGGAAGCGGUUCUGGAGCCUUAGGAGGAGCCGGUGGAAAUCCAAAUCUGUCCGGUUUGCACGGUCUGUCGUCCAAGUCACUGGGUAGCUAUUUGAAUCAAGCUCCACCACCGAUGGGUGGCUUAGGCGGACAGGGUAGCUCCAUGGCUCCAUUCAAUCAAGGUGGUGGAGCUGGCGGUGGAAAUAACGCCGUCGGAGGUGGUGGUGGAGGUGGACAGAACUCGGUCCAACCGAGCACCCAACUGCGCUCGCUCGUGCAGCAGAUCCAGAUGGCCGUACAGACCGGCUAUCUUAACCCGCAGAUACUGAACCAACCGUUGGCUCCACAAACGUUCCUGUUGUUGAAUCAGCUGUUGAGUAGCAUUAAGCAAUUACAAGUAACCCAGAGUAAUCUGCAGCGUGGUGGCGCCGGUUCCAACAAUCAAAUAGCGAUGAUUUCCAAGAUCAAACAGCAGAUUGCCAGCUUGCAGAAUCAAAUUGCUACCCAGCAAACGCUGUAUGUGAAACAACAACAACAGCAGCAGCAGCAGCAGCAACAACAACAGCAACAACAACAUCCGCACCAACAACAACAGCACCAGCAACAUCAGCAGCAUCAGCAACACCAGCAACACCAGCAACAUCAUCAGCAUUCGUCCGUUGGUAAUCCAUCUGGGUCCCAUCUGGGUGGUGGAGGCCAUCUUGGUGGAAAUUUCCAUCGCAAUGAUCCCAACGAGCUGAGCGCACUGCAGAACAGUCUGUCGGAAAUGACACUCGGCAAAGAGCACAAUGGUCCGUACUUGUCGGGACCACCGGUCAGUGGUGGUGGUGGUGGUGGUACAGGCACCGGAUCUGGUGGAGCUGGUCCAACCAGCCAGCAGUCGCGCCUGAACCAGUGGAAGCUACCGUCGAUGAUGGAUAAGGAUAAUAAUCACGAUUUAACUGACUUUUCGCGCGCUCCUGGAUCUACGGCCAAAUCGGUUGGGCUCGGUGGUAACGGUGGUGGAGGCUCCGGUGGUAUGGCUGGGCUGGGUGGAUUACAAAACGAUGGCACCUGGUCAUCGGGGCGCGCUGGCAUGACGGAUGGCUGGCCGGAUAAUGCAUCCUCCGAUCUCACUAGCAAAGAUUGGCCUUCGAAUCAGGAUUCGUUCUCCGAUCUAGUGCCAGAAUUUGAACCCGGCAAACCAUGGAAGGGCACCCAGAUGAAGAUUGAGGAAGAUCCCACCAUCACACCGGGCAGUAUUGCCCGCAGUCCUAUCGCAUCGAUUUCGGUCGGUUCAACGAAGGAUUCAGAGCUGUUUGCGUCCAGCAGCAAACCGUCACCGACGGAUUCGAUCAGCCUGUCCUCGUCGACCUGGAGCUUCAACGCGAGCAGCAAUAAUUAUUCAUCGUCGACCAGUGCUGGUGGCAUGGGUAAACUCGGAGGCUCAUCUAAGAACACGUGGUCCGAUAGCGGUGUUACUGGUGCGGCAUCCGAUGUUUGGGGUGCCGGACUUAGCGGUGGUUCGGGAGGGCCUGGUGCCAAUAAUGCUUCGAAAACUCCGCGAGGUCCUCCUCCGGGGCUAUCUUCCGGAAAAGCAACGGGCAGUGGUGCCGGUGGAGGUGGUGGUGGUCCGGGCAGUAAUGGCUGGGUCCAAAGAACCGGUCACAGCCAGGGUGGAAAUUGGUCGGGCAGUGGUGGAACAUCCGGAACCUGGUACUCGACCUGGUUGUUGCUGAAGAAUCUUACCGCACAGAUUGAUGGGUCCACCUUGCGGACACUUUGCAUGCAGCAUGGUCCGCUGCAAAACUUCCAUUUGUAUCUCAACCACGGUAUUGCACUGUGCAAAUACUUGACCCGUGAGGAAGCGAACAAAGCACAGUUGGCGCUGAAUAAUUGCGUUCUCGGCAAUACUACCAUCUGUGCCGAAUCGCCUACAGACAGUGAGGUGCAGACGAUCUUGCAACAUCUAGGACUGCCGGGACAAAAUGGUGGCAAUGUUGGCGGUAGCACUGCCGGUGGCGGAAGCCAAAACACAACCACUGGUAAUUCGAACAUGGCACAAACGUGGCGUUCAAAUGGGCCAAUCACUGGACGUGUCACUGAUACCUGGGGCCCGUCGUGGUCUUCUUCCGGUGGAGGCAGCAAUCUGUGGACCCCGCUGGAUGGUCCGACUGAAAGGGGAACUCCAUCGAAUUUGCACUCAUUCCUUCCGGAGAAUUUACUCGUUGGCGAGCUUAACUGAACUGUGAACCAGCAACACCAGCAAUAUGAGAACCACGGAUUGAACAGUGAUGUGCUUUCAUCACUCGUCAUGUGUGGUACGAAUGGUACGAAUUCGGAACGGAAGUAGUGGUAAGUUUUUAAAGCAAAGUUUUAUGCGGAACAAUCCGACGAUACGAGCAAGGGGCACCCGAAUGGAUGCUGUGUUCGAGAAUUUAGUUUUAACUUUGUAACGUAAAGUAUUGUGAUGCGCUAUAAAGCGCCACUCAAACAAACGGGUGGUUGUACACUACACACAAUCCUUCGAGGUACACAUAUGCGCGGGUGCGUUGUAAUGUUAUGGAACAUAACUAGUUAAGACGGACGCAACCAUAAUCAAACGCUUAGACCAAUCAGUAAGUGUUACUCCCCGUUACAGACAAAAAAGGUACAAAUGGUUUUGUUGAUUAAUUUUUAAUUUUCACAACGCUUUUUAUGUAAAUGCAAAUAAGCAAUGCUUUUUGAAGUGAACGAAAAUCAGUAGCAGAGUAACAGCACGCAGAUGUGGACGGAGCGAAGUGGCAAAAAAAAAACCUAUCACAAAGUGCGCUCUGUAGAGCAUUAUGCUAUAUAUUCCAAACAGAUAAGAUACUUUUCGCAUUCGAAAUCAUCACAACCUGGCGUUGGAGUCAGGCAGACAGAACUAUAAUGACUAUGACUAACACACACAAAAAAAAACAAGCAAAAACCAAACGAUCGAAUGAUCGUUUAAAAUGUAAAACAUCCUACCUAAGUAGUAACGGAUAUAUACCGCGCGUUUCAGGUACAUAUAAUACAUAUGAUAUGACGUAUACUUUAAGGCAACAAAUGAACCUGUUAGUUUACACCGAAAAAAAACCAGAUAUACUAGUAGGGUGGAAUUAUUAUUUCCACAAGGUGGGUAGGCAAAGGAGUGAAUUAUGCGGUGUAUACAUUAUAAGCUUUCUUUGAUGUUCCCAUUUGUUUUUUUUAAAUGCCUUACCUAUUUAUUUGUUACUGUUUUAGUUUCAUUAUUUAGUAACUUUUAUGCUCGACGAAUGCCGAACUAAGUAAUGAAUGUUAAAAUUUAAUUGUUGUUUAACCAAUGCUACCGGUGUGGAGAAUUGAUAUACGAAAACGCUUAUGUUUGUAGAGAAAACCUACCUCCCCCUCCCCAACUCCACCUCUUCUCCCUUUUUGCCCUAAUCCCGGCAAAACAUCGUAUAAUGUGCAUUUACUACGGCAGUGAGGAUAGUAAAACAGGGAACAAAUUCACUACCAUUAUUGGAAGAAGGAUCACCAAAUUUGAAGCUCACCUCGUUUAGUUGUUUAGAGAUCUGAAUUAUUAAAGCGGGCUCGGUGGUUGUAUUUGGUACCGGUCUCACACAACAGGAUCGAAUCAAAGUCCCAUCCGGACCAUUCCCCCGUAACAAGUGGUAAAAAUAAGUCUAGUAAACCAGAAAUGGUAGGCAUGAGCUAGUAGCUCGUUAUGCCAAAAUGAAUAACGCUCGUGAAUAAACGGUUCGGUAAGGUCAAAAUCUAAAACAAAACAAAACAUACAGCAAAUAACUAACACGGGAGACUAUUGAUCUCAUGUUAAGGGAGGGCUUCCGUUCAUAAACCGCAGCGGUCGAUUGGAGUAGCACGAAUUGGUGCAACCGUAACCAAAUAAUGACACGGCCACAACAUAAGCCAACACACAUGAUUCAGAUUUCCAUGA